GUGAUUUGGAGGGAGAGGAAGGGUAAGUAAAGUAAAAGAAGAGAAGAGUGUGCAGUAGUAUCGUCGGUUGCAAAUAAAGAAACCCAUAAUCGAUUCCUUUCUUUUCUCUCUAUUUUCCAUUUUCCUGGUUUGCUUGGGUUCUCCGAAUCCAAAAUGUUGGCACUCACACUAUCCAUUCUCAUCAUCGCUACACUCUCUUCUUCGCCACUAGUCACCUCUCACUACUCCUCUUCCACUCUCGAGUCCCCUCCUUCUUCUCUAGAAGCCUCCCCGACCUUCUCCGAAUGGCGAUCCGCGCGCGCCACCUACUACGUCGCGGCGGAUCCCCGCGACGCGGUGGGCGGCGCGUGCGGCUACGGCGACCUGGUUAAGGGCGGCUACGGCAUGGCCACGGUGGGGCUCAGCGAGGCCCUGUUCGAGCGCGGCCAGAUCUGUGGCGCGUGCUUCGAGCUCCGCUGCGUCGAGGACAUGCGCUGGUGCAUCCCCGGCACCUCCAUCAUCGUCACCGCCACCAACUUCUGCGCCCCCAACUACGGCUUCACCUCCGACGGCGGCGGACACUGUAACCCUCCCAACAAGCAUUUCGUUCUCCCCAUCGAAGCUUUUGAGAAGAUCGCCAUUUGGAAAGCCGGCAACAUGCCCGUGCAGUAUCGCAGGAUAAAGUGUAGGAAGGAAGGAGGGAUGCGAUUUACUGUUACUGGUUCUGGAAUCUUCAUUUCAGUGCUGAUCAGUAAUGUUGCUGGCCACGGAGACAUAGGGGAGGUGAAGGUUAAAGGCUCCAGAACCGGUUGGCUUUCAAUGGGUCGGAAUUGGGGGCAAAACUGGCAUGUAAAUGCGUUGCUGCAAAACCAGCCUCUUUCGUUCGAGGUUAAAGCUAGUGAUGGCAAAACGGUUACUUCUUACAAUGUUGCUCCCAAGGAUUGGACCUUUGGACAAACCUUUGAAGGCAAGCAAUUUGAGACUUGAAAGCUCAAUGAAUCGAAGAGAGAUCUUGUUUUAAAGGGACCAUUCUCCUUCCCCAAAUUUUUUUACCCCGAUGGUGAUUAAAAGGUCUACUUGCCGGUGGUUUUCUUUCUACAUUUUGAUUCUUUUUGGUUUUGUAGAAGACUGUGUAGAUAGCAAAUGAUUUGGGGUGGUUUGUAUGAAAAGGUUGUCAAUGUGAUGAUGUACCUUUCCAUUUAUCUUCUUAGGAAGUUUUGUAUGAAAAAAUAUAUACUAUAUGUAUACCUUGUUGGUCAACCAGCGCCAAAGAAGACUUCCAAUGUAAAAUGUUGUGAGCCUCUCAAAGACGUAUCAUCCUACUAACUUCACUUGCAAGUUGUCUUAAAUUUUACUACAUCA